CACCCAAUUAACGUGUUCCCCACAUCCGACAUGGCUGCCUACGUGAGACGGAUGCACCACAUCUCUCUGCAUGUCUCCAAUGUGGACAAACUGGCCAGCGACUUUAUUAACAAAUUCAAGUUCAACUUGUUCGCCUCCAGGCUGACGGAGCGGAGCCGGCAGUUGGUCUUCAGGACUGGAGCGGCGGUGUUUAUAGUCAAUGAGAGGGCGAACCGAGUCCAUUCUCCCCGGCCCAAUGUCGAGCCGCCGCCGCAGCAGCAGGCGGAAGAGCAGCAACCGGCGGGAUGCCUGUACGAUAUUUCCCCGCACUACCCGGUGGACACGGUGUGCAACGUGUGCUUCGAGGUGGACGACGUUCACGGUACGUUCGAGGCUCUCCGGCGUUUGGGCUGCAGUUUCCCGGUGCCGCCCACCACCGUGCGGGACCACCAGGGGAAGGUCACCUACGCCGUGCUGCGCUCUAUAGUGGGCAACGUGUGUCACACGUUGAUCGACAAGAGCGAGUACCGGGGAUGCUUUUUGCCCGGCUUUCUGGUUACGGAAGGCGGCCAAGAGCAGCAGCAGCUUCCGUGGGCUGGCACGCACGUGGAUCACAUCACGUAUGCGUGUCCCGUCGGCAGCAGCCAGCAAGUCCUGAGUUGGUACCAACAACAUUUUGGCUUCCAGAGGUUCUUCAUCCAUCGAAACGACGAGACAGACGGCGGCUUUGUCAUCCACCAGAAGGGCAUGGGCCUCCGCUUAGCCGCAAUGACAUACUGGAAGUGCGACGAGUCGGGCCUUUCGCUGCCCGGCGCACAGCGAGACCAGCCCGACUGCAAGUUUGUUCUUGCAGAAUCGCUGCCUGAGCAAGGCAGUAACCAAUUGGACACUUUCUUGGAGGAGCAUCGAGCGGCGGGGAUCCAGCACAUCGGGCUGUACACCAGGGACAUCGUGGAGGCGGUGCGCAACAUGGCCGACGCCGGCGUGCGCUUCUUCUCGCCACCACCUGCCUACUAUACCGGACAGGGCAAACUGCAGGAGAUUGAGGAUGCGGGACUGGAUGUCCAGAAGUUGGCGCAGCACGGCGUUCUUGUGGACACCGAUCCGGAGCAACGGUUCGUGUCAGACAGCGAGACGCAGAGAUACCUCCUGCAGGUGUUCUCCAAGGCCAUCUUUGAGGAGGACACCUUCUUCCUGGAGCUGAUCGAGCGACGAGGGUCGAGCGGUUUCGGUGAGGGCAACAUCCGGGCCCUGUGGAAAAUUGUGGAGACCAACAUGGACGGCAAGAAGGCGGAGAGCGCACGCUUAGGUGCCCUGCAACAGUCACGUUAAGCGCUUUGGCGAUUAAUCCAAGUCUCUUUUCAACGGUUUUGCCCUUUAUUGCUGGAGUUGGCUUCUUCUUUCCCCUGCCAUCAGUGUGUUUGCGUAUCUGUGUGAAAGCAGACAUAAGACUUAUCAACAUGUCAUGUUCUAAAACAGGCUGUAAAAUAGCAUCUUGACUCAAACUGACAAAAUAAACUCACGUCAAACGUG